AUCGGUGCGGUCACACUGAGCUUUAAGCCAGGACAAUUUUUGAGUCCACCAAUUGGAUUUUUCGUAGUUUCUCGCAAGGCCAAAAAACACAAAUCACUUUUUCUCCAGCAGCGGCAUCCAGGUGGCUGUGCAUACGGUGUCACAGCGUUUCCAGAUCUUUCCGAACACCAGACAACUGCACACUCACUCGACACUCUCGUCGCAGUCUAUCAACAACAACUCGCUCGCCACAUCGGCAGAAGAUACUCAUCGAAGGCAAGCAAACUGCCCUUCGCACCUGAGACAGCAACUGCCGUUGCAAGUCCAGCAGCAAAAGUUAAGCGGUUGACCACGACAACAGCGUCAGCGGAGGAGCUGAUAGAUCCUUUCGAAAAAAGCGACAUGGAACGUCGCUAUUUAAAGAAUCCCUUUCCAGAUUUCGCCGGCGGUGAGAACACACCGUUCGCCACCGAUGAGGAGCACAUCAAGAACCUGAUCUGCACCUAUGUAGACGCCAUACUGGAGCACUGUCAUCCCAAUAACGACGACGAUCAACGCGGUGAUCUAUAUGUAGGCAAUGCCGGCAUCGCCUUCAUGUUCUGGAAGCUGGCCAGCUGCGAGCAGACACGGGAACUUUAUCCGGCACUGGAACAUGCCUCCGCUUUCAUCCGGAACGCCAAGGCCAAUGCCAAGCGGUACAAGAAGCGCUCCGCCGAGCGCUACUCCUUUCUGUGCGGCAAUGCCGGCAUCUAUGCCGUCUCUGCUGCCAUCUCGCAGGCUUUGAAAGACACCGAGGAGCUGUCCAACGAUCUGGCCGACUUCAAGUCGGGCAUACCGUCCAGCAAGGAGUUUAUGCACACCAAAUACGGCUGCGACGAGGUGCUGGUAGGGCGCGCCGGCUAUCUAUCCGGCUGCUACUGGCUGAACGAUGUGCUGCCCGAGAAGAAGAUCACCGACGAUGACCUCAUCUCCAUAUGCCAGCUAAUUGUGACUAGUGGUCGAGAGUACAGUAAGCAGAAUCACUCGCCGUUGCCGCUGAUGUAUCAAUACCAUGGUACCGAGUAUCUGGGUGCCGCACACGGACUGUGCUCCAUCCUGCACAUGCUGCUAGAUAGCCCAUGGUUCCGCACGGUUCCCAUUUCGGCGCCCGCUGCCGAGCUGCGCGACAUUAAGCGCUCGAUUGACUUCUUCCUCGAGCUGCAGGACAACGAGGGUAAUUUUCCCGUCGCCCUUGAGGAUCUGCGCUCGGGCCGUGAGAAGCGUCUAGUGCAUUGGUGUCACGGUGCUCCCGGAGCCGUCUACUUGAUGGCCAAGGCAUAUUUGAUAUUCAAGGAAGAGAAGUACUUGGAAUCGCUGCGUCGCUCGGCCGAUCUGGUGUGGAAGAAGGGUUUCCUGCGCAAGGGGCCGGGCAUUUGCCACGGCGUUGCGGGCAGUGGCUAUGUGUUCCUGCUGCUCUUCCGGCUGACCAACGAAGUGAAGUACAUAUACCGGGCUCACAAGUUCAUGGAGCUUUUAACCGAUGCAGAGUUCAAACAACGUGCUCGCACCCCCGAUCGUCCUCACAGCCUGUACGAGGGUGUGGCCGGCACUGUUUGCUUCCUGGUGGACCUCCUCGAGCCGGAGCAGGCAUACUUUCCGUUCAUGGACGUCUUUCACUAGGUUUACGGAGGGUGCUGCUUACACCGAAUCAAUGCUCAAUCAAAUCAGGGAGAGAGUUAAACCACAUUUCUAGUCACUUUGUUUUUCGAUGAUUUUUACUUUUCGUAGUUCUUUCAUUGUUGCCUUUGCGUUGGAGUUGGAAAGGAAGAGUUGGAAGCAGGAGAAACUGCAGUUGGAGUGGAAGUUGGAGACCGAGGCCUCAUGCAUGCAGGAAUGUUCGCAGUCAUUCUCAUAUCAAAAAUUCUCUGUGCUUUACGCUAAGCAAUUAACUUAACAAAAAACAUUGAUACUUAUAUAUACACAGACAUAUAAUACAAAUACAUUAUAUUUAUAUA